UGGUGCAACGAAAUCUCGUUCAUUAUACAAACUUGGAACGUAAAGUGAUGAUGAGGAACUGCACACACAUAGUGUACACACACUCUUUGGAAUCAUUCCAGCAGAGCUGCAGGAGCAUCAGCAUACGUGAACAGAGAGCGUUCACCACACCCAAAAGAUUUUUGCCUUUUGUGUGUUUCUGUGUAUGUGUGUGUGUGUGUGUGUGUGUGUGGUAGAUCAAAGGCUGCGGUGCCACACUUCAGUAGACAGCUGCCACCGUCUAAGUUACUCCAGCUGCUGAUAUUUGGCUCAUUUUUUGCUUUCAGUGAACGGUGAACGUGCCACAGUUCGAGGCGCUUCCAGCUAUGACCGAGGCUGAGUUAUACACGCUGUACAAAGGUGUCUAUCUGCCUUCACGUCUGCACCCUCCAGAGAGCCUGAGAUACUACGAGGAGUUCACUUUUCGCCCAGAUGAUAUUGUCAUUGCAACGUACCCCAAGUCAGGCACGACCUGGAUGCAGGAGAUUGUCCCUCUGAUUGUGAAUGGAGGAGAUCCGGCCUCCGUUGAGACUCUUCCUAACUGGAACCGUGUUCCCUGGCUGGAGCUGUUACAGACCUCCAAACUUAACCUUGAAAAGAGGCCGUCUCCACGCAUGUUUUCUACACACUUCCCCUACAAUAUGAUGCCUCCAGGCUUCUUUGAAGUAAAGCCGAAGGUCAUCUAUGUCAUGAGGAACCCCAAAGAUGUGUUUACAUCUUCCUUCCAUUAUUAUGGGAUGGCCUCCUACCUGGUGAACCCAGGCCCACAGAUCGAGUUCCUCCACAAGUUCCUUGAUGGAAAAGUUAUAUUUGGCUCAUGGUUUGAUCAUGUGAAGUGCUGGCUGAGCGCUGAAGACAGAGGGCACAUCAUGUACAUCUCCUAUGAGGAAAUGAUCAUGGACCUGAAGGACUCUGUGACCAGAAUCUCUCAGUUCUUGGAGAAACCUCUGGACACUGAGGUGAUAGAGAAGAUAGCAGACAGAUGUUUGUUCAAGAACAUGAAGCAGAACAACAUGUCAAACUACUCGACUGUUCCUCGUGAAUUCAUGGACCAGACAAAGUCUGAAUUUCUCAGAAAAGGAAUCGCUGGAGACUGGAAGAACCAGCUAACAGUGGCAGAAGCAGAGUACUUUGAUGCAGUUUACAAAGACAAAAUGAAAGAUGUCAAAUAUAAAUUUGUGUGGGACUAAAAUAGACUUGAUGAAACACCUGGAAACAGAAUAUAUAGUUGAUUGACAUAUAUAACGUACAUGUAUUUCCUGUCUGUCUUUGCUUUGAGGGGGAAGGAAUGAGGGUUAUUGUUUUAGCCAGAGUGGCACUUCCAAUUGAAUCUUCUACCUCAAGACUAAUCUUCUACUAGUGUCCAUGUGUAACCCAACAGCGUCUCUGUCUCCAUGCUACACAUUAACUUAGCCGAGCUUGUUCAUCCAAACAAACCUGAACAGACCUUUAGGAUUCUUUUUUUUAAUGUAGUGAUUAUGUAAACACUGAAACAACAUUUAAACACAAAUAGAAUAUGUAUCAAGUACAUAAUAUAAACUGCUUUUUUAAUCAAUGGCCUUGUUAUACUUAGAAAAGACGAGGCACAUACUCCAGCUUCAGUGGUUUUUCCCUGUUAAAGUGAGCUAUUGU